AUGGACCUUAGGGUAACAAGCGUUCUCCUCGUCCUCCUGGCUUUGGCUGAGGCGACCCCCGAGAGGUACUACCACCAUGUGCCAAAAGUGAGCAAGACCCCCUACCCCGUAAAGAGUCAUGUUGUUGCAGGCAAGGACGGCCCUGCAGGUCCUCCAGGUGCUCCAGGUAUGCCAGGAGAGCCAGGACCAAUGGGACCACCUGGACCUCCAGGAAAGAGCGGUGUAGGACAUUCUGGACCACCAGGCACUCCUGGAGCCCCUGGAGCCCCUGGUCACUCUCAAGCGGGUAAACCUGGUGCACCAGGUAAACCUGGUACCCCAGGUGCCCCUGGCUACCCUGGUGAUAAAGGUGCAACUGGAGCAACUGGACCUAUGGGUCCCAGGGGUGCCCCUGGUACACCUGGAACCCCUGGACCUGCUGGACUUUCUUCUGUUGGAAAACCUGGAGGACCAGGAGCACCUGGACCAAUGGGACAUAGAGGAGAGCCUGGUUUGAAGGGACAUCCUGGUAUUCCUGGUACUCCUGGUGCCAAAGGAGAGAGAGGUGUUGGAGUUCCUGGUGUUCAAGGACCAUCAGGCCCAGUUGGACCUAUGGGCCCAGCUGGUAUGCCUGGCAAACCUGGAGUUGGUAAACCCGGUGCCACUGGAUAUCCUGGAGAGCCUGGAAAGCCUGGCAUGCCAGGAAGAGAUGGUGCUCCUGGGGCAAUGGGUAUGCAAGGGCCAAAGGGUCACACAGGGCAGCCUGGCACAGGCGCACCAGGCAAACCAGGCCAGAAUGGUACCCCAGGUAUGCCCGGACCAAUGGGGGCCAAGGGUCCACAGGGUCCUGCUGGUCAGUCAGGUGCCCCUGGUAUGCCAGGUGUUGGCAAGACAGGUGAACCCGGAAUUCCAGGAGGCAGAGGAGCUCCUGGGUCCCCAGGAACAACUGGCCAGAAAGGAGAGCCAGGUCCAACUGGUUUUACUGGUCAACCAGGCGCUACUGGUCCUAUUGGCCCAGCUGGUCCACAGGGUGCAAGAGGAUUCCAGGGUGAGGCAGGCCCACAAGGACCCAAAGGUGACAUUGGUAUGGUUGGUGCUCCAGGUCCCAGGGGAACCAAGGGUGAGCAGGGAGCUCAGGGUUUUGCUGGAAAACCAGGUACCCCCGGUGCUGUAGGUCCUCCAGGAAUCCCAGGUCAUAAUGGUCUCCAGGGUCCAAAGGGAUCACAAGGCCACGGAGGACCCCCAGGACUUCCAGGAGCUAAUGGUGCCCCAGGACUUAAAGGACACACAGGACCACCAGGAGCACCAGGAAAGAGUGGUGAGAUGGGAAGGCCAGGAGGCAUGGGACCAGUUGGGCUACCCGGUCCAUCAGGACCCCCUGGACUUAAGGGCCAUCCAGGUCUUCCAGGCCCACCUGGCCCUGUUGGUCAAGUGGCUAAAGGUCUCACAGGUCCAAUGGGUCCCCCUGGAAUUCCAGGUGCCAGAGGUCAAGAUGGUCUCCCUGGCCCUGUUGGUCCCCCUGGUCCACCUGGACCACCAGGCGAGAUGAUUUACCACGAGAAGAGCAUGCCAGUCAAGAGUCACGAGGUCGUGAUGCCCCAUGAGAUGAUGAAGGCCCCCAUGUCUGCUUUCAGUGCUGUGCUGACCCAGGCCUACCCUCCAGCUGCGACCCCCAUUGUGUUCAACCAGGUUCUGUAUAACGGGGAGCACCAUUAUGAUGCUCACAGUGGUGUGUUCACCUGCGCGGUCCCAGGCCUCUACUAUUUCAGCUUCCACAUGCAUGUCAAUGGUGCCAACGCACUUGUGGCCCUCUACAAGAAUGAGCAGCCAGUUCUGUUCACCUACGAUGAGUACAACAAGGGCUUCUUGGAUCAGAUGUCAGGCAGUACAGUUCUUAUGCUGCAUCCUGGCGACAGAGUUUUUGUCCAGGUCCCUGAUGAGGAGAGUAAUGGUAUAUUUGCAGCUGAGAAUGUCCACUGCAUUUUCUCUGGGUUCUUGAUUGCCUCAACGUGA